GCAAGAAGCAAUAUCAUGAAAUUGUCUGCCUCCAAGUAACUAACCUACGGCAGAAAUAUGGGAAGCCACCAACGGCUAACUUUUAACAAUGCAGACAGACGCCUUCAACGCCGAUGCACGGAAGACGACUUCAUACAACACAGCACCGGCAAAUUAUCGACGCGUCACUAGUCUGCAUCACCUUCCAGACGGGCGCGCUGGGCGCCGCCAUGCCCAUGGGCCUCGACGGCGACGAGGUGCAGCAGGCGUUCCAGGGCAUGCUGGACCAGUCGGACGCCGACGGCGACGGCCGCCUCUCGCCGACCGAGCUCGAGCCCAUCAUACGGGCCGGCGGGCCGCACCUCAGCGUCGCCGACGUGCGGCACACCAUCUCGCUCAUGGACGGCGACGGCGACGGUUUCGUCAACCUGGCCGACUUCCGGCAGGCCGCCAAUGGGCCGCCGCCGGCCGAGGUCGUGCCCAUCGCCUUCCGCGCCGAAGACACAGACGGCAACGGCCAGCUGACGCAGCAGCAGGCCCUGGAGGUGGUGCCGUCGCUGCUCAGUGGACACCGGCAGCUCGAGCACGUGCGCUACGUCCUGGAAGACGCCGACACAGACGGCGACGGCAUGCUGGAGCAGGACGAGUUCACGUUCGCCGUCGUCGCACUCCAGAAAGAGGCGUGAAGACGCUGUAAGGCCGGCGGGACGGAGUCGUCUGUGAGGCUGGUCACCCUGUGUCAAUGGGGCCACCGGCUGACCAUGUGGGGUCGGGAUGUUACCGUCACAGGCCUCCACGCCGCUAUUGUGAACUGAUGUGUGAUAGAGACUAUUGAACUUGUCCGGUUAUGCAAUAAGGUCAUACCCAUGCUUCACCUCUGCCAACUUCAUAUGUUGCCAAUAAAACUGUGUGAACCACUCAGCAUGCAAAUGUCUGAACAAAU